AUGAGCCUAACAAGCGAAGAAUUAAACUACCUGAUAUGGAGGUACCUCCAGGAAUCUGGUAAGGAAGUCUCAGCUCUAGCACUUCAGGAGGAGUCACGCGUUCUAGAGUUUGAGUCCAAGUUUGGUGAGCGCGUUCCAAUUGGCACACUGGUGAAUUUCGUGCAGAAGGGUAUCUUGUAUGCAGAAUCGGAACUCAUGGUCCGUUACGACCGUGAGUCCAUGUCACUUGACCCCGGGCUCAAUGCACGAGAUUUCAACCUUGCUCAGGCUCUGGAGGUCGAUAAAGAACGUGUCCCAGAGCUAAAGGCGGUUCAGCGGUUUGCUUUGGAAGAUCAAGUUAACGCGGGAACACACAGCCCCGGUAUUGAUUCUUCUGAUAAAAUUGGCGGCGAAGACUCCUCCAAAUUUAUCAAAACAUUACACGAAUCUCUCCGGUUACCUCAGAGCACUGUUUGUCAGUGGAAUCCUAAGAAUACUAGCAUUUUAUCGUGGGGCGGGCCCGAAUCCACGGCAACGAUAGCUACAUUCGAAAUUUCAGAUGGAAAGCCUCGUGUUCUUCAGGAGACAAAAUGCCAGCAUCCCCUUGGUAUCAGUGCUUCGACUGGGAAGCUCACAAACGACAUUACAUGCCUUGAAUGGUCUCCAAGCGGAGAAAGUAUUGUGACGGGUGUUGAAAAUGGGGAGCUGCGAUUGUGGACAUCUGAUGGGAAACUACAAAACGUUUUCAAUUUCCAUAAGAGUGGAAUAACCACAAUAAAGUGGAAUGAAGACUCCACGCAUUUUUUGACAUGCGACGUUGAAAACGUUGCGAUUGUCUGGAAUUCCUUAACAGGGACAGCAUUGCAACAUAUCUCUCUCAAAGAGAGUGGAGCCACAGAGUCUUUAGGAGUGGACGCUUCCUGGGUUGGACCUGAAAAGUUUGUAAUACCAGGCUUGCAAGGAGCAAUUGCCCUGUGUGGAAUUGGCGAGAGUAGGCCGCUUGGUAAACUAAAUGGCCAUACCAAGACCAUCACAGCAUUAGACUACAACUAUGAGACCAAAAUGCUCUUGAGCGGCUCGGACGAUACUACACUGCGAGUUUGGCGGAGCGGGGCCUUGAGCUCUAGCAACUGCUUUAUGGGCAAUACCUUGGGCAUUACUAGUGCAUUUUGGCUGGACCAGGACAGAGUGAUUUCAACUUCAUUUGACGGUUCAGUGAGGGUUUGGUCACAGUCAACUAACGCACUUUUAGGCCUUUCAAUGGUCGACGGCAUUCCAAUAUUUUGCGGCUCGCUCUCUCCGGACAAGCGCAUAUUCGCUAUAGGCAAGAUGGACGGUGAGGUUUGCCUUUACCAUAUUGGAAAGCUACUCGAGCUCCUCAAUGAUAAGUCGAUCAAUGAUAGUACACACCCCACUCCUAUACCUAUUUGCGGUGAUUAUCAACAUAACAUAGAGGGUAGUUACGUGAACGGUAUUGCGUGGAACGCCAGUAGCACUCACUUGUCUAUAUCGUAUUCCUCAAGUGAUACCGAGCUGAUAUUUGUCGGGUGA